CGCAACGAAAAGUUUAUUUGUGGAGGGAGGAAGUAUGUGAAUAGUGAAAGCCAAAUAGCACCACUACCCCGUGCAUGGUUUAGAUUUUGGAAAACAGGCACCAAACCGGAGUAAUAGCUAUAAUCACGUUCCCUUAAUUAAUUACCACUCUGCUCAUUUUGAUUGAAAUCCUUUAUUGUUUGCACUUCUAAAUAAUGUACUCCGUAGUACUACAAUUUGGAAACUAAGGUUCCUAAAGAAAAGGAAAAAGUUCAAAGUCGUGAUCGAUGAGAUUUGCAAAAGGCCACCUUAUUGCGUUUGCUCCCAUUUCAUGUUCCGACGGCCGCCUGCCGGCCCACCACCGCGACGGCGGCGAUCUGAAACGCAACCACACCGCCCGUUACUACGUGCACAGGGUGAAAGAGAGCUUAACCACGAGGGUCUCCAAACUAAUCUGUACUGUUGUCUUGGGCCUUCUCGCCUGUCUGGGCCUCAUUUUCUUCAUUCUGUGGCUAAACCUCCGCCCGCACCGGCCCAGAAUAUUCACGGAAUACUUCUCCGUACCCGGUCUGGCCCAAGAGAACGGCUUCGAGGGCGCCCACGUCAUCUUCAACGUCACGGUGAGGAACUCGAACCAGGGGAUCGAGUUUAACUACGAUGCGAUGCGGCUCACGGUGGUCUACCAGGACCAGAGCAUCGGUGGGGCCUCUUUCCUGGCCCCGUUCUCUCAGCCGCCGAAGAACACCACCGUGUUCGCCGGAGAACUGAGCGGCGCGACGCUGACGGUGACGAACCAACGGUGGCAGCAGUUCCAGGCCGACCGGUCCAGGGGGAUGGUGCUUUUUCAGGUGCAGUUGACGUCGGUGAUUCAACUCAGGGUGUCCACGUGGUGGCACAGCCGCCGCCACCGGGUGCAUGCGAUCUGCCCGGUCGGAGUUGGGAGGAACGGCGUUAUCACGGCGGCUUAUCAAGGGAGGAGAUGCCCCGUCUAUUUUAGCUGAUCAUUAACACUCGGAUGGUGGAGCUACAUAAAUCAAAACAAAAACAUUCAUGUUUCAAAUUUUCGUUUUCUAUUUUAUUCUUGCGAGAUUAUAUUCCCAUUUUCCCAUUUUGAAAAUUAUAAUUAUUCGAGAAAAGUUACUCCUAAUAAGGUUUAUGAUGUACU